CUUUAAAGAUUUUUUCAAGAUAACCUUCUAGUAGAGUCUAUAAUGGUAAUUUUGCCUUCCCCCCCCCUCUCUCUCACACAUAUAAGAUAGUUAUAGAUAGAUAAAUAAAUUAUGGAUUGAUAGAUCGAUAUUAGAUAUUACAUAUCACUGUUAUAAAAACGGGUCGAGUUGGAAUAAAAAAAUUAUCCGUUUUUUAUAUAUUUUUUUCUCGAAUUAGCUCUCUGCACUUUUAUUUUUAUUAAAAGCAAGUCCCUCAAUCGAUUUUUUUCAGUCUGACUUAACAACGUUAAAUUUUUUCUAAUGGAAGGAUUGAAUAUCUUCAAAAAAUAAAAAUAUAAGGAUUAAAUAUAUAAAGAUUAAUGUGGAGAGACUCAAUUCAAAAAAUAUGAUAAUACAGAGACCUAAAUAUGUAUUUUGCCAAAUUUUGAGCAUAGGAAUAUUGUGUUUCAUGCCAUUUAUGUUACGGAUUGGAGCAAACAUAAACACACACAGAGUUUUAGCACAGAAUCAUGCAAGAAUCAUGAAAACCAAACAUGAAAGAAUCUGCAAAAGUUUCAAUUCUGUUUCAUAUUUUCUUAGAGACAGACAGACAACUAAAAAUGUACAAAACAAAGCUUCAAGAGAUUUGCCAGAAGAGACAAUGGGGAUUGCCGAAGUAUUGUGUAAUGAAAAAUGGGUCUGAUCAUUCUCCUAAGUUUAACAGUUCUGUUACUGUCAAUGGCCUCUCAUUUGAUGACUCUAAUUUUCCAUCUAAUUCCUCUAAGCAAUCUCAAAAUAAUGCUGCCAAAUUUGCUUUUCUUCAUUUCACUGAUUCUUCACUUCAUGAUGAACCUGUCAAGGAAUUAGAUAAAGUUGAACAAGUUGAAAAUGUGGCAAAAGUUGAAACUGAAGAUUCUGCAGAAAAUGGUAGCAAUUCCAAUGUCUUAAAUUCAAGCAAAAACAUGGGAAAAUCAGAGAGUUAUUUGCAUAAUCAAAGGGUAAGGGUGUACACAAGUUAUCCCAAUAUUGCUUUCCCUAAAGGCAUUAUAGUGCUGCCAGUUACUGAUAACAGAUGGGUGGCUGUUAACUUGGAGUUUCCAAAUGAAUAAUGUUAAUCAUUUCAUAUGUAGCU